CUCUAUAGAAAAUGGUUCUAGCUGGUAAACUUAGUACUGAACUUGGGAUCAAAGCACCUGCUUCCAAGUUUUACAAUCUCUUUGCAACACAACUUCAUGAAGUGCAAAACCAUUGUGAAAGAGUUCAUCACACCAAGCUACAACAAGGGGAAGACUGGCAUCACUCUGAUUCGGUUAAACACUGGAAGUAUGUCAUAGAUGGCAAAGUACACACGUGUAAUGAGAGUGUUGAAGAAGUUGACGAACAAAACAAAAAAAUCACUUACAAGCUAUUCGGUGGAGAUAUUGAUGAGCACUAUAAGGUCUUUAAACUCAUCCUCCAAGUAUUUGAUAAGAGUGAUGGAAGUGGUGCUGUUAAAUGGACUAUUGAAUAUGAGAAGAUCAAUGAGGAUAUCUAUCCUCCAAAUGGCUGGAUGGAUUACCUUAGCAAAUGCACUAGAGACUUGGAUGGUAAUCUUGUCAAGGCAUAGUUCCAUAAUAAUUUAGAUAUGUAGUAUAAUAACUAAUUAUAUAGAUAUGUUCAUCUAUAUAAUUAGUGUGAUGUUUGUAAUGGGGCAUGUAGAAUAAUAAGCAUGCAUAUUUGCUUAUGUUGUUUCUAUCAAAUAAGUGUGUUUGUGAUGAGUCAGUCCUUUUUUUAUGUACUACGUGGAUAUUGAUGUUUUUAUUAUAAAUAAAAUAGGGUAAGCCCUAUCACAUAACAAACAUAAAAAAAAAAAAAAAAAAA